AUGGCGUCCGAGAAGGCCAACAACCCCAUGAGGGAGCUCAAGAUCCAGAAGCUGGUUCUCAACAUCUCCGUCGGUGAAUCCGGUGACAGGCUCACCCGUGCCGCCAAGGUGCUCGAGCAGCUAUCUGGUCAGACUCCUGUCUACAGCAAGGCCCGUUACACUGUCCGUACCUUCGGUAUCCGCCGUAACGAGAAGAUUUCCGUUCACGUCACCGUCCGUGGCCCCAAGGCUGAGGAGAUUCUCGAGCGUGGCCUCAAGGUUAAGGAGUACGAGCUCCGCAAGCGCAACUUCUCCGAGACUGGCAACUUCGGCUUCGGUAUCAGCGAGCACAUCGAUCUCGGUAUCAAGUACGACCCCUCGAUCGGUAUCUACGGAAUGGACUUCUACUGCUGCAUGACCCGCCCUGGUGAGCGCGUCACCCGCCGCCGUCGUGCCAAGGCCACCCUAGGCCCCAGCCACCGCAUCAAGCGCGAGGAGACUGUCAAGUGGUUCAAGAGCCGCUUCGACGGUAUUGUCAGGUAA